GUUAAAUAUCUUUUAAAAAGUGAUAGUGAAGCUCUUCGUGUAAAAUGGGAAGUAGUGUCCGAAACAGAGGUUCAAAACAAUAGAAAAAUUAAAGAAGAACCUUUUAUACAAGGUGAACUGUAUAAUAAUUUAAAUCAAGACAUUGCCGAAAGAGAUAUUUUUGGUGAASCUCUAAGUGAUUCAGAUGAAGAAAGCAAAACUAUAAAUAUAAUGGAUAUAGAUGAAGAUAUGAGUAAUGACAAUAGCCGUUUAUCUUGCAGUAAUUCAUUAAUGGAAGAAAAACCAUCGACUUCUGGAACCCAAAUGCUUAUUACAGAGUUUUCUAAAGAAAUGUUUAUUUCUAAUGAUAAUUCUUUCGAUGGAAUAAAGGAUGGAAUAAAGAAAGAAGAUGAAAUGGAUUCCACAUUUGAUGGAAAUGUAGGUUAUAGAUAUGAUUUAGGUGUGGAUUGCAAGUCUGAAUUAGAACUUAGCAAUGAUAAUGAACUUGGUGAUAUACCUGUCUUGUCAACAUUAAAMGAGGGAAAUGUGUCUACUGACGACAUAAAACAUAAAAUUGAUCAGUUAAAACAAGAAAUUGAAGAUCUUAGAGAACGUAAAUCACAACAAGAUUGGAAAAUUGCAAAUAUUGAAAAU